AUGGCUGAAAGACUGGUGAUCAUCAUCACCAUCAAUAUUCCAAUUGUCACUGCUAACAAGUGCAAGAGUGAAAAGAAUGGAAAUAUUUUGGGUUUUCUCUUAACUCCUCUUAAUCCUUUCUCUCUCUUCCCACUCUCUCUCUCUAUCUGUAUGUGUGUUUUUUCUCUUUCACCUACCCAGCAUUUUGUCUCUCUGUAUCUAUCAACUACUCUCUUUAAUAUUUCCUUGCUCUCCAUUUAUCUCUCACAAUCUACAAAUUUUCUCUUUACUUUGUCCUCUCUUUUCUUUACCUUUUUUCUCCUCCUCCUCUUUCUUUACAUUCCUUCUUUAAACUAUUUUCCCCCACUAUAUCCUUCAAUCUUAUUCCCCUUCUUUUUUCUCUCCCACUAUCUCUUCAUUUUAAUCUCUGACAUCUUACUUCUCUCUGUAUUUUUUGUCAAUUUGUUCCUCUUUCCUCUCUUUUUUCUCUUAUUCAGUCACAGUAUCACAAUCCUUCUGCUCACAUUUUUCCUAUCAUUCCUACCCUCACUACCCCUGUCACUUUUCCCACUUUCUGUCCAAGACAGCUGCCCAUCAGUCCCCACUCAUAGUGUUGGACAACUCACCGGUUCCCCGCUCAUUAGUUUUCCUUGCUCUUCUUGUACUUUUCAUAUACUUUCACUUUCUCUCUCACAGUCUCUCACUCAUAUUCUAUACUGCUUCUUCUUUACCCGUAUCUUCUCAUAUUCAAAUUUUAUCAUAGUUACCUACCCACCUAUCUCACUCUUUGGUCCCUCUAUAGUUUUCUUACAUUUACAUUUCUGCUUUCUUGUCCUGCCCUACUCAUUCUCCCACUUUUAUUUAUUCCUUCAUCUCUCUUCUCCCACUUUUUUCUUCUCUCAUUCAAUUAUCCUUCUUUCCCUUACUCUUUAUAUUGUUCUUUCUUUCUUCUAUUUCCUUCUCUUUUAUCUUUUACCUCUCCCAGUUUUUCUUUUAAUCUCUUUCUCUCUCUUCUCUCUUUCUUUUACUAUUGAACCUCUUUUUCUAUUCCCCCAUUGUUCCUUAACCUUCCUUUCUCUAUAUUUUUAUUACAUUGUCUUUCUUCCCCUUUUCUCUUCCACCAUGACCUUUUUCAUUCUCUUUUUUUCCUUAAUCUUUCUUUCUCUACCUCUGCUCUUACAAUGUCUUUCUCACCUAUUUCUCUUCCACCAUCUCCUUCUUUUCCAUUCUCUUUGUUCCUUAAUCUUUCUUUCUCUAUCUCUGCUUGCAUUGUCUUUCUCACCUAUUUCUCUUCCACUAGCUCCUUCUUUUCCAUUCUCUUUGUUCCUUAAUCUUUCUUUCUCUAUCUCUGCUCCUGCAUUGUUUUUCUCACCUAUUUCUCUUCUACUAUCUUCUUCUUUUCCAUUCUCUUUGUUCUUUAAUCUUCCUUUCUCUAUAUUUUUUUACAUUGUCUUUCUUCCCUCUUUCUUUUCCACCAUGUCCUUUUUCCAUUCUCUAUAUUUGGUUUUACAUUGUCUUUCUCAACUUUUUCUCCAUUAUUGCUUGUUCCUCACCUCAUCUACACUUUCCCUUUGCCUUCCAUUUUCUCAAUUUCACCUUUCCCCUCUUCAGAUUCUCCUCCCACUCUAUUUCUCCUUUCUUCUCCCUCCUCCUCUCUCUCAUUUAUGUAGUAUAAUGAUUUGCAAAAUGUUCAUAUCUAUCAUUACCUUUUCUUUUGCUUUUUUUGCUCUUUCUUUCUUUCUUUCACUCUCCCAAGUACUCUUCUCUUUGCUUUCUCUACUCUUGAGUCUCUUUUUUCUGAUCUCUUUGCUUUCUCUAAUAUUGGUUCCAUAUCAUGUUGUAAAAUUCGUGUUCCAGCAUAUAUUUAUGUUCAAGAUUGUAUAG